AUGUCAUUUGAUGAACAACGAAUUACGAGUGUAGAUCUUAUUUCUAAUACUGUUCCAAUCAAUAAAUCAACAAUACAAUCACAUUUUAUUGAUUUUCUUCAGAAUUUUAGAUCCGAACACAGAGAAUAUGCACACACUCUUUCUAACAAUAUUAAUCAACAGAUAUAUGAAUUGGUUAUUAAGUUAGAGCAUAUUAAUCAGUUUUCUGAUAUUCUAUCACAAUUCAUUUGUUCCGAUCCAGAGAAAUUUUUAGAAUACUGUGAAGAAGCUAUUUCUAACGCUUAUUUCUUAGAUCCAGUUAAAAAUUUUCAGUUAAACAUUAUUAGUAACGAACAAAUACAAUCUAUUAGGAAUGUUAAUGCAUCUAAAUCUCAUAAAAUUAUAAGAGUUAAAGGGAUGGUAGUAUCAGCAUCAUCUAUUAUCACCAAGCCUAAAAAAUUAUACAUUAUUUGUAGAAAUUGUCUUAAUGGUAAAUUUGUAACAGAUUUGAUACCAAGAACUUGUGAUCAGUCAGAAUGUCCUAUUGACCCAUACAUUAUAGUACCUGAAAAAAGUCAUGUAGUAGACGUACAAUACAUUAAAAUUCAAGAAGAAUUUGAGGAUAUACCUGUUGGAGAAACACCUCGUCAUUUUAGUCUUAUAAUGGAAAAAAAUCUUGUAAAUAAAAUUGUACCAGGCUGUUUAGGUAUUUUUACAGGUAUUUAUGGAAUAUCUACUAAAGGGAAUAAUAACUUUAGUUAUAUUAAAGUAAUAGGACUAGAAGCAAUGACUAAUAAAACUACUAAAAGGUUUAGUGAUGAAGAGAUAGAAGAAUUUAAAAAUAUGGCAAAAGAUGACAUUUACAAAAAAAUUACUAAAUCUAUAGCACCUUCUAUCUAUGGACAUGAAGAUAUAAAAAAAGCAUUGGCUUGUAUGUUAUUUGGUGGAACUAGAAGAGUUAUGGAAGAUAAAAUAACACUUAGAGGAGAUAUUAAUGUUUUACUGUUAGGUGAUCCUGGUGUCGCUAAAUCUCAAUUACUUAAAUUUAUGGAAAUGGUAUCACCAAUUGGUGUAUAUACAUCUGGAAAAGGAAGUUCAGCAGCGGGAUUAACUGCUAGUGUAAUAAAAGAUCAUAAUGGUGAUUUUUAUCUUGAAGGCGGUGCUCUAGUCUUGGGAGAUAAUGGUAUUUGUUGUAUUGACGAAUUUGAUAAAAUGAACGAACAGGAUAGAGUAGCAAUUCAUGAAGCAAUGGAACAACAAACCAUUAGUAUUGCUAAGGCAGGUAUUACUACGAUUCUUAAUACCAGAACUAGUAUAUUGGCGGCAGCUAAUCCUGUAUUUGGUAGAUACGAUGAUUAUAAAACACCGGACGAAAAUGUUGAAUUUGGAACUACUAUUUUAUCACGUUUUGAUUGUAUUUUUAUUUUAAAAGAUAAACAUGGUCCUAAUGAUGCAAUAAUGGCCAGGCAUGUUUUAGGGAUUCAUAAAAAAGAAGACAAUGAAUUAGCAGAUUCAGAUAUUAUUCCUGUAGAUAAAUUAAGAAGGUAUGCACAAUAUGCAAAAGCAAAAGUGUUUCCUGUCCUUUCUGAGGCUGCUGGCAAAUUAUUAAUAAAUUAUUAUACAACUACACGAAAAGAAGUUAAAGAAAUGGAACAAGACUCAUUUAAAAAGAGCUCUAUACCUAUAACGGUUAGACAAUUAGAAGGAAUUAUUAGGUUGAGUGAAUCUCUGGCUAAAAUUGAGUUAUCAGAAAAGGUAUUUGAAAGGCAUGUAGAAGAAGCUAUCAGAAUUUUCAAAGUAUCUACUAUGAAUGCUGUCUCACAAGGACAUAUGUUAGAAGGAAUGAUAAGAUCUGAUUUACUGAAAAAAAUUGAAGAUUUUUGUGACAGAAUUAAAAGUUUAGUACCAUUAGGUGCAAGUAUAAAAUAUAACGAACUCCUUAUCAAACUUGGGAAGCAAAACGAAGCUAUUAGCAAGAAGGCUAUAGAUUACAUGUGUAAACAGGGUAAAUUAGUAAGUAGAGAAUCCGGUAAGUCACUUUUAAGACAACCUUAG